GAUCUUUAUUCCCACUUUGAGGAAGUGUCUGGUUGAGUCGCAACGUUACAGACAGACAGACAGACAGACAGACAGAUCGAUAAUGGGUAAUCGAUGAUGUUCGGGGACUCGGGGAGUGAAAUGAAGCCUUCAGGAUGCUUCUGAUCGUCUUCUGCGUCCAUCUCAUCGCUGCAGUGCUGUCUGAGGCGCCACCGCCACCGCCGCAGAACAUCACGAAACUGAGUGGAGAGUGGAAACUGACAUGGACUCCUGCUGGCGAGGAGAGGAACGUCACCUACACCGUUCAGUACAGCGGCUUUGAUAGCUCCAGAGAGAACUCGUGGUCGAAUGUACCAGCCUGCGUCCAGAUACCUUCCACCACCUGCAAUGUCAGGUUCACCAAAGCUAAGGGCGAGCACGGCUGCGUCCGGCUGGGCGUGCGAGCCGAGAGUCGAGGCCUGGAAUCCAGCCUGGAGGAAGCCUGCAGCCAACACGUGGACUCCUGCAGUCCUGCAGUGAGAAUGACGGCGCAGCCCGGCUCCCUGACCGUGCACCUGAGCAGGAAACACGAGCUGGCUAACGAACACGCGGACCACGCCAAACACAGGAUUUUCUUGGGCAAGGAAGGGGAGCCGCUGAUGGCCUAUACAGACGACGUCUCUUCGGUGUCCAUCUACGGGCUGCAGGAGGGACAGCGUUACUGUGUGAAGGUGCAGUACAUGGUCAUGGACAGCCUCGUUGGACUGCCCAGCUGUCCCAAGUGUGAGCUCAUCCCAGAGUCAAAAAAGUCAAACCAAGCACAGAUCAUCGUACCGGCGGUGAUUGUCCUCGUCCUGGUCAUUCUGACGCCGAUGGUAGCGUACGUCCUCAUCUUCCACUGUGAGAAAAUCAAACAGCUGCUGCGGCCGUAUGAGAACCUACCCAUUUUCCUUGUGGACUCGUUUUAUGUGCAUUACCCCCUCCCCAUCAGCAGCCCCAUCGAGGAGAACUGGGACGUCAUUUCCCGCAUUACCACGGAGUAGUUCUUCCUCCUCUUCCUCCUGCACUACGCCUCCUCUGUGUGGGGAUCGGACCCCUUGAGGAUCGACUGCAACCUGCACGCUCUGCUUCUCCCCCGAGCCCAGACUCUCUGCCGCUGCCAUGGACUUAAAGGAGAAGUGAUUUUUAAAGUGCAACUGCUGGGAGGAGAAAGUCUAAUCGGAUCUACAUUUAUCUUUAACUCCAGGAGGGGGGAAAAAAAUCGAAAGGGAAUAAUCAAAAGGCCGAAGCGUUUGGCAGACCACUCGAGUUAAUAAGCUCCACUCUGCGUUCUUAACCCCCCCACAGUCACAGCAAAUGUAUAAUCUAUCCACUGAGGUCCUGAAAGGUUUUCACAGAGAUGUGUUUGCCAAAUUGAGCUUGCUGUAAGAGAGAAUUUGUAAUAAGUGCACUUGUCGCCCUACGGAGAAUCAGGAACUCAUACUUGACACUAGUUUUAUGGAAGGAAGCUUCUUCCAUUUGAGCCAAGGCUUACUGCUGACUCUUAAUAAAACAAAUUACACUAUGUUGUCCUUUUUAUAGCUUUUUAUAGAGCGUGCCACUUCCAAUUUCUAUGCACUUUCUAAUAACGUUCCCCAUUGUGCUCUUAUAGGCAUUAAUGAACACCUGCAGCAUUAAUUAGAUCAUAAAAAACAACCCACAAAGACGCAACCACGAUCCAGUACAAGACCGAAGGAGGUUUGAUAACCUCCAAAUUCUCGAGAUUGUUGUAAUCCGGGAGCCGGAGCCGGAGCCGGAUCUCGAGGGCUAGUUUGGUGUCAGAUUUAUUACAUUAUAUUAAUUUUUAAAAUAACGUGUUAAAAAAUGAAUGUAAUGACCUGAUUAAGUCACAUUUUAGACUGAGUGAUGGGCUUAGGUUAAUUAAAAGAAAAUUAUACUUCGUUUUUACAUGUUUCUAUCCAGUGUUUACUAAUGUGCCAUAAUUGUAUUUUUGAGUUGUAGUAAUUUGGGGCCUUUUCAAUGCAAAUAUAGAUCUGAUUAAAUCAGCUGUGAUUAUUUCUCUAGAUCUGCCCUCGUCUGAGAGGAAAUGUUAUCUUGAACUCUUUAUUAAUCAUUAAUCAAUAAGCACGUGACCUUAAGCCGUCCUUCUGUGAUCUUUCACCUGCGUCUUUCAACCGCCGCUUUCCGUCCUAUCUUAUCUUUACGAUACAAAUUUAAUGAUUAUAAUCUCUAUAUGUGAACAGCGGCCUGUUAGACGCUAACAGAAACAUCGGUAAUGAUCCUGAAUGUGUCAGAACAACCAGCAAGGAAUCAACACUGUAACAUCACACAGUCUGGUUGUUCAAAACACGGAAUAAAUAACUUCUAACUCCACUGAAACUAAUCCUGAUGGACUGAUACGAUGGAUGAUGGAUAACGUUAACAGUUACUGACUAAUUAACUGGAUACAAACUGGCUCCUCUUCCUCCGUUUCAUUCUUCUCCUGUCGCUGCCUGAACCCACGAGUCUUCAUCCCCAGCCAGAGUCCUGGUUGGAGCCGCUGGACAUCAGCCGGCCUCCGUCGAAGGCUCCCAGUCUGGGUACAGACAGCUAACGAGCUAGCAGCUAGUACGGUUAGCACUUGCUACACUGCACAUGAGUGCAACAAUCACCUUAACGGAGUUUGAUGUUGUUUUUGUGACUUGUUUCGACUAUUAGGGGGCAGCUCUUAGUUAUGGGUCUUCAUAUUUGCUUUUAAAGCACACUGAACCCUCUUCUGGCUCCAGUUGGACGGACGUUUAGCAGCUCGGUUUUCUGCUAAACGUCCAACCAGUCGAGACUUUCUACUUGCCAUUUGUCUGCCUUGCUGUGAUUCUAACUCAGUGGUUCUCAAACUACAGGAGGAACAUAAGGAGUGGGACAACGCUUAAUGAAUGUAUGUGGGUAAAAUCAAGAGUUUGCUGAUGAUGGUGUGUUUUAAAGCACUAAAAAUCAACUUUUUAAUUAGCUUUGGUUCCUCUAUCAUUGUUAGUGAUUGGUAUAAAAUUGCAAAAGGGGUGGGACGUGAAAGUUUUUGGCUUCUGGAGCUUCCAGAAAAAGUUUGGGAACCACUGACCUGCAUGAAAACAAGUGUUUCUGUCUUUAACUUGGUAAUUUAGUGGUGUGGAUCUACAAUCAUGUGUGUCAGUGAGUUGAAUGGAGCAGGGUUUUUUGAACGUAGUUUUUCCAGGUCUGAAACUAACACACAAUAAAUGUGAAUUCACUUUCACAACAGUCA